AAAAGAAAGAAAAUAUUUUCCGUGUCCCCGCCUGCGGAGUCAGUGUGCGGUUUGGGAGAAAAUGUGUCGGAUAUUUUGGGGCGGUCACGUGGGCGGGCGGGCUCCGAGAGGCCCCGGGAUUGUCCCAGCCUAGAGCCGUGCCCCCUGGAGCCCCCCGUUACGGCGAGUCCCUAACAGCGCGGCGCUCCAUCCCCGAGACCGCCCGACGCCGGGACCUCGGGGCUCGGCGGCCUUCCUUCCCCCGCCCUCCCCUCCAGCGGUUUCCCCGGGUCCUCUCACCUCAGCCUGGCCCAGCAUGUAGGAGGAAACCUCUACAGGGACCCUUGGAGACGCAGCGGGCAGGCCAGUCGGGGUGGGCACGGAGCCUCCCAGGCCGGGGCAGUGGGCAUGGGCGGGGGCUGCGGCUGAAGACCACCCCCGCCCACUGCAGGUUCCACGGGAUUCGCACUCGGCAGCUGCCAUGGCCACCAACAAGGAGCGCCUCUUUGCGGCUGGUGCCCUGGGGCCUGGAUCCGGCUACCCGGGAGCGGGCUUUCCGUUUGCCUUCCCCGGGGCGCUCAGAGGGUCACCUCCGUUUGAGAUGCUGAACCCUAGCUUCCGGGGCCUGGGCCAGCCUGACCUCCCCAAGGAGAUGGCUUCUCUGUCGGUGGAGACCCAGAGCACCAGCUCGGAGGAAAUGGUGCCCAGCUCUCCCUCACCCCCGCCACCCCCUCGGGUCUAUAAGCCAUGCUUUGUAUGCAAUGACAAGUCUUCCGGCUACCACUAUGGGGUCAGCUCCUGUGAAGGCUGCAAGGGCUUCUUCAGACGCAGCAUCCAGAAGAACAUGGUGUACACGUGUCACCGCGACAAGAACUGCAUCAUCAACAAGGUGACCCGGAACCGCUGCCAGUACUGCCGGCUGCAGAAGUGUUUCCAAGUGGGCAUGUCCAAGGAAGCUGUAAGGAAUGACCGGAACAAGAAGAAGAAAGAGGUAAAGGAGGAGAGCUCACCUGACAGCUAUGAGCUGAGUCCACAGUUGGAAGAGCUCAUCACCAAGGUCAGCAAAGCCCACCAGGAGACGUUCCCCUCGCUCUGCCAGCUGGGCAAGUACACCACGAACUCCAGUGCAGAUCACCGGGUGCAGCUGGACCUGGGGCUGUGGGACAAGUUCAGCGAGCUGGCCACCAAGUGCAUCAUCAAAAUCGUGGAGUUCGCCAAGCGCUUGCCUGGUUUCACAGGACUCAGCAUCGCCGACCAGAUCACUCUGCUCAAGGCUGCCUGCCUGGACAUCCUAAUGCUGCGGAUCUGCACGAGGUACACCCCGGAGCAGGACACCAUGACGUUCUCGGACGGGCUGACCCUGAACCGUACCCAGAUGCACAACGCCGGCUUUGGGCCCCUCACAGACCUCGUCUUUGCCUUUGCUGGGCAGCUCCUGCCCCUGGAGAUGGAUGACACGGAGACCGGGCUGCUCAGCGCCAUCUGCCUCAUCUGCGGAGACCGCAUGGACCUGGAGGAGCCCGAGAAGGUGGACAGGCUGCAGGAGCCGCUGCUGGAGGCGCUGAGGCUGUACGCGCGGCGCCGGAGGCCCAGCCAGCCCUACAUGUUCCCGCGGAUGCUCAUGAAGAUCACCGACCUGCGCGGUAUCAGCACGAAGGGCGCAGAGAGGGCUAUAACCCUGAAGAUGGAGAUCCCGGGCCCCAUGCCCCCCCUGAUCCGAGAGAUGCUGGAGAACCCAGAAAUGUUUGAGGACGACUCCUCGAAGCCCGGCCCCCAGCCCAAGGCUUCCAGUGAGGAUGAAGCCCCAAGGAACCAGGGCAAAGGGGGCGAAAGCCCCCCGCCUGACCAGGGCCCCUGACCUACCCCACUGUGGGGUUGGGCUCCCGGCAGCAGACUGACCAUUUCCCAGCCACCCCUAGUGGCUGAGAGAGGACCUGCCCUGCCCGCUCCCCACCCUUCCGAUGAGCUCGUGGUUUUGCCAAAGUUUGUAGGGGUGCCUGUGUUCAGCCCGGUCCUGUUCUAACGGCUCCCCCUACAGUCCGGGGGCUGCCCCGCACCUGCCCGGAGAGCCUGGGAAGGCCCAAGCUUGGGUCCAG